AUGGCUUCGGCAACAGUCACUCUCGGGGCUCGGCUAAUUGGACAGAAAGGUAUGUAGAACGUUUUUCAAACAAUAAUUUUACAUUUAAUUCGAUUUCAGUACCGAAAAUUGCCGUUCGUGGAGUCGUUACGUCGGCUCAGAAUGCGAAUGCCCAAGUGAAGCAGGAGAAGACUUCUUUCGGAAAUCUGAAGGAUAGCGACCGCAUUUUCACUAACUUGUACGGCCGACAUGAUUAUCGUUUGAAGGGAGCUCUUUCUCGCGUAAGUUCCAAGUGUUUGUUUGAAAACAAUAGUUAAAUUUCAGGGUGAUUGGCACAAGACAAAGGAAAUCAUCCUGAAGGGAUCCGACUGGAUUCUCGGAGAAUUGAAGACUUCCGGACUUCGUGGAAGAGGAGGAGCCGGUUUCCCAUCGGGUAUGAAGUGGGGAUUCAUGAACAAGCCGUUCGAUGGUCGACCAAAAUAUUUGGUUGUCAAUGCUGACGAAGGAGAGCCCGGAACUUGCAAAGAUCGAGAGAUUAUGCGCCACGAUCCGCAUAAGGUGUAGAUUUUAAACAAGUAAAUCAAAUAAAUUCCGUAAUUUGCAGCUCAUCGAAGGAUGCCUGAUCGGAGGAGUCGCCAUGGGAGCCCGUGCCGCCUACAUCUACAUCCGCGGAGAGUUCUACAACGAGGCGUGCAUUCUCCAAGAGGCCAUCAACGAGGCUUACAAGGCCGGUUAUCUCGGAAAAGACUGCCUCGGCACCGGGUAUAACUUCGACGUGUUCGUUCAUCGUGGAGCCGGAGCUUACAUUUGCGGAGAGGAGACUGCUUUGAUCGAAUCUCUCGAAGGAAAGCAAGGAAAGCCACGCCUGAAGCCUCCAUUCCCGGCUGACAUCGGAUUGUUCGGAUGCCCGACCACUGUCACCAACGUCGAAACUGUGGCCGUCGCUCCGACUAUCUGCCGUCGUGGAGGAGACUGGUUCGCUUCUUUCGGACGCGAGAGAAAUCGUGGAACCAAGGUAACGAGCAUAAUUUUAAUUGUGUUUUUUAUCACUAAAUUGUGGAAUUUCAGCUGUUCUGCAUCUCCGGACAGGUCAACAACCCGUGCACCGUCGAGGAAGAGAUGUCUGUUCCGUUGAAGGAUCUGAUCGAACGUCACUGCGGAGGAGUCAUCGGAGGAUGGGAUAACCUUCUCGCCAUCAUUCCAGGAGGAUCCUCUGUCCCACUUAUGCCGAAGUGAGCUACUUUCAUUCUCAUUCCUCCCUCAUUUCCAUGUGUUUUCCAGGAACGUCUGCGACACCGUUCUUAUGGACUUCGACGCCCUCGUUGCUGCUCAGUCCGGUCUCGGAACUGCCGCCGUUAUUGUGAUGAACAAGCAGACUGACAUCGUCAAGUGCAUCGCCCGACUCUCGCUCUUCUACAAACACGAGUCUUGCGGACAGUGCACUCCAUGCCGCGAGGGAUGCAACUGGCUGAACAAGAUGAUGUGGCGUUUCGUCGACGGAAAGGCGAAGCCAUCGGAGAUUGACAUGAUGUGGGAGCUAAGCAAACAGAUCGAAGGGCACACCAUCUGUGCUUUGGGAGACGCCGCCGCCUGGCCAGUUCAGGUAUUCAUCAACCUCGUAACGAGCUCGCUCUUAAUUAUCCUUUCCAGGGUCUUAUCCGUCAUUUCCGGCCGGAACUCGAGCGUAGAAUGGCCGAGUUCCACAAGCAAGUGCUCGCCGAGCAAGGAGCCAAGCAGAUCAGUCAAUGA